AUGCUCGAUACAUUAAUUUUCCUUGUCAAAUACGGAGGUAGUUCCUAUCUCGUGUAUAUUGCCACGCUGGUCGCUUAUCGAGUCUGGUUCCAUCCACUGCGGCAUAUUCCCGGUCCUCCGCUUGCCAAAGCCACAUACCUGUAUGAAUGGUACUUUGAUCUGUACCUCAGCGGUCAGUUUACCUUCAGGUUAAAUGAUCUCCAUCAUCAAUACGGCCCCGUUAUCAGAAUCAACCCCGAUGAAGUCCAUAUAAACGACCCCGACUACUUUGACGAAGUAUUCAACCAGACCAAUGGUCGUGCGGAAAAGCCAAUCCAAGCCAUCGGAACGCAAACGCAUGAACUUCAUCGCAUUCGAAGAAGUGCACUCAAUCCCUUCUUCUCGAAGAAAUCAGUCAACGAUUUGGUCCCAGAGAUGAGACGCCCUAUUGCCAUCUUACGUGAGCGUCUUGAUCAGGCGAGUAAGAAUGGCGAGACAAUGAACAUGAAGUACAUGUAUGCAGCUGUAACUCUGGAUAUCAUCAACGAUUACUGCUUCGCAAGGGAUCCGGAAAAUGUUACUCAGGCAGACUUCGGGCGCAAAGGUUUUGAUGAUGUCGAUAGUUUUCUGGAAGUUAGCUUGUUGAAUAUCCACAUUCCGUGGCUUAUGCGACUAAGUUAUUCUUUGCCAGACUGGAUGAAUAAGCGCCUUGCGCCGGCGAUGGCAGAUAUCCUUGAUUUCCGGAGAGUAGAGGCAAUACGUCAUGGGCAGGACAAAUCCUACGAGACUGCCACACAUCGAACCGUAUUCCACGAGCUCCUAGAAAGCAAACUGCCACCGAAUGAGUUGAAGCGCGACAGGCUCCGUGACGAAGCUUUUAGUCUAAUGACUGCUGGUUCUGGUACUACAGCAUAUGUUCUCCGUGGAACAGCCUACCAUAUCGCUGCCAACCAAUCGGCGCGUCAGCGCCUGCAUGAUGAGUUAAAAGCAGCCAUUCCUGACCCCUCAAAUCCACCUUCACUUCCUGAGCUAGAACGACUUCCCUACCUGUCAGCCGUGGUGCAGGAGGGUCUCCGCCUCUGCGAUCCAGUCACUCAUCGAAUCAGUCGACAAUUCCCAGACAAAACCCUGAACUGCAACGGCUACGUGAUACCGGCUGGCUCAACAGUGGGAAUGACACCGCACCUUACGCAUGAAAAUGCGAAAAUCUACCCGGAACCGCGCAACUUCCGACCGGAACGUUGGCUCGAAAACGGCAAGAAACUCGAACGAUACCUCGUCCCUUUUAACCGCGGGACCCGAUCGUGUCUUGGGAUUAACCUAGCCCGCGCGGAGCUCUUUCUUAUCCUCGCUGUGGUGUUUCGAGAGUUCGAUUUCGACGUGACGCAGGUGUCAAGGGAGAGGGAUAUCGAUGUCAGCCGCGACUAUAUCCUCGGUGCACAGGCUCGAGACUCGCCUGGGAUUUUGGUGAGGCCCAGGAAAUGUUAG